ACAACGCGCGCGGGAAUUAAUCGGUGUACGAUAUAUUUGAAUGCAACGCAUAAAUUAAACAUAAAAUUCGAACAAAAACUGUAACGAAACUUAAACAAGUUUGGAUAAAAAAUAAUGCGCGCGGAUCUGUGUAGCGAGAAUUAAUUGUUUUAAAGUUGUUUUUUUAAAUCAGUCAAAAUUGAUCUAACAAUGUCGAUGGGUAAACAGCCGAAUGACCACAUAAAGCGGCCUAUGAACGCGUUCAUGGUGUGGUCACGAGGGCAGCGGCGGAAGAUGGCGCAGGACAACCCCAAGAUGCACAACUCCGAAAUCUCCAAGAGGCUGGGAGCGGAGUGGAAGCUGCUCACCGAGAUGGAGAAGAGGCCCUUCAUCGACGAGGCGAAGAGACUCAGGGCAUUACACAUGAAGGAACAUCCCGACUACAAGUAUCGUCCGCGACGAAAGCCGAAACCACUUGUCAAGAAAGAGCCGAAAUUCGGUUUCGGCAUAAACGGUUUGAUGGCGCCUGUACCGAGACUGGUGACGCCGUCUGUACCGCACCCGGUACAUCCUCAGCUGCAUUCCAUGCCGCACCACUUACUGCCAGACAAGCCAGAGCUGAGCAGAGCGCUGUUCCCACCCCUGCCUUACCCGUUCUACCCUUUCGCGAAGAUACCCUCUGAUGAUGGCAAGCUAGCUGCCGAGUUGGCGCAUUUGCAGGUAAUCUACAACAAGGCACUAUACGGUGGCGCUCUAUACAGCAGCGCACUGUACAGCAGCGCCCUCUCGCCUUGCGGCUGCCCUCCGCGCAGGACGCCCUCCCCUCCCCCCGCCGACGUCAAGCGCCCCGUCGCCUACGUCCUCAUGAAGAGCGACGAGGAACCUCCUCAACACGUCAUCUGAAGGCCGGUCGCGCUCCCGGCGAGGGUCUGGCCCUCCCACUGGGAGCGACCUUCCACCUCCGUGCAGGAGCGCGAAUCCAGCUCACCUGACAGUGUUUAAGACUGAGGAAGGACUUUAUCAUUAGUGUACACAAACCAACAUUAUAGGGAUGGGACACGUAUUCGGCCAUCAAAUUGGUUUCGGCCUGAGUGCUUCUGUAUAUAUUUAUAGACAGUGAUAAUAGGACGUUGUUUUUAUUUGAGCUUGUGAAUACGCAUUUCUAAUACAUAUCGUAUUGUCCUACGGAGAGGCCUGAAAAAUUACGUACCUAAAGUUCAAUUUCAAGACGGAAUGGUGCUGAUCGUCACAAGAAUUUCGGCGAUAACCUAAUGUGCAAUCAAUCGUGUUACUGUUUACGUGCAAUGUAUCUUAGUUCGACUCGUGAGGAGCACUCGCACUUUGAAUAGACAACAUAUCAUAGAAUUUACUCUUCAACAUUGUAAUUAGACGUUAGUUAGGUAAAAUUAAUGUCAAUUUUGUAAAAAAGACUUUUUGUGCAAUGUUAAUCGUGUAGGUAUCUAUUUCAGUUCAUAUCGAUCUUUUGCUGUUGAGUUGACAUUUAGAGUUCUUUUUUAAUUAUUUUAAGAUUUUUCACACUUUUUUACUAUUAAUAUUCUUUAAUGAUUUUUUUUAUUUUUUUGAUACCGAAACCGGAUCUAUUAAUAACUAUAUCACCACUCUAAUUCGUACCAUGUAAUCACUAAUAAACUGUAGUGCAAUAAAGUUAUAUAUUAUGUAAUCCACAUAAUAAUGUAAAUUAUAGUUUAAUAAAUAAGACUCAACAUAUACUUACAUUAUACCUAUUUAGUUUACAAUAACGCCUAUGACAUAUUAAUCUUAAUAAGUAAACAUCGAUAAUCGAUUAAAUAAUUUAUCGAUAGAGUACGGCACUAAUACUGUAAAUUAAAAACAUUGUAAAUAUCACUU